GGCAGCGCUACAGUCAGGCUUGUAACCAUGGAAACAGAAAAACCCAGGCCACAAGGUCUGCUGUCCCGAGAUGAGUGUGGUCUGUGGAUGAAGAUGGACUCCAACCCUGUGACAGACCACACAUUGGUGAGCUGUGGAGAGAAGCCCCAAGAUGAGACCAAAGUCCCGGCCGUGAUCAUGAGGUACUACAGCGUGAUGGACGAUGAGGGCGCAGACGACGACUUUGUCCCACCUCCUCCGCCCCACACGGCUCCUUUUCUGCCCGCAGAGGGCAGCACAGGUGCUCGGGUGAAUAAUUCCAGCGUGACCCUUACAAAAGGGGCAGCUGAAGCCGCACAGGCUAAUGAUAAUCCCAGGGGCUUAGACUGGCAUCACGGUGAGAGGCAGUUAAUGGCAUCACAGAACAAGGCAGAUGAAGUGAUAGUAAGCACAGAGCAGACUUCUAAGGCAUCUCUGUCUGAAGACUCCAUUCUACCUAAAGACCAAAUACCCAUGGAGGAAGCAUGUUAUGAUCCAACCGGAAGACGCCUUCAGGAAAACACAACGGGAGACAAAGAAUCGGAUGAAGAACCUGAGGGUAUUGUAAUUUUGAGUGAGGGGCAGGAAAAGUGCAGGGAAACUGAGGCGGGAAAGGACAAAUACCCAAAACAGGUACCUUCAAGCAUCGAGGAGAACUCUGAAAAUGAGAGGCAUUUUGACAAAGAGAAAGAAUCCGGGGACGUUUGUGGUCUUGCUGAGACAGACUCAAAACUAACCACAGAAAAUGUUAACUGCGGUGAGGUGGAGACAAUUGCCCCGACAGAGUCCGGUCUCCGAGCGAGUGGUGAUGAUUUUGAGUCCUACGGGCCACCGGAGCUCUUCAAAUGCGACCAAAACAUGAUGGACUCAGCAACCUGUCAGCCACAGGUACAGGACGUCCCAGCAGAGGAGUCCAAUGGUGAUGAAGAGCAUGUUGACACGGGAUCUUUGAACUAUACCCUCACAAAGUAUAACUGGAUGAGGAGAGAGAGUGGCGCCACGUCAGUAUCCCGACUCUCCAUCUCUGAAGGCUCCGAAGAGAUGGCGACAAAGGACAAGCAGGGAGAUGGGAACAGCAGAAUAUCUACCGGUAUCCAACAAGGGGAGCAACUGCUUCAACGUCUGCAACUACUGCAGCUCCGUCAGGAUGCAUCUACACCAGAGAGCCCUCACGCCUCCUGGCUGGUUGGCCAGGAGACAAGAAGCGAGACAAAGCGCGUGCUUGGGACUGAAAUAUAUGAUUUGAAAUCAAGAGAAGCCCACCUGACAGGUGGAGAUGAGAAGGAAGAGAGUAGAUUUCACUCCAUCGAGAGCGAGGGAGUGAGGACGAACCUGAGGGCGAUGGAAAAUGAGAAUGAGAGAAAAGACGUCGAAGCAAAGGCAGGGAUGUCUUCGUCAACGACGCCUGUAGAGUCAGAGCAUCACAAGAUUGCCAGAGCAGAGGCUGGAGACUCUGAUGAUGAUCAAAGUGACAGCUGGGUACCUGCAGACUUGUCUCAAAUAGACCCCAAAGAGACAUCUUCCUCCCAAAUUCCCUUUCUGUCCUCCUGCCACCGACGCUCGGUCGUUGAGACCUGCAUUGAGAUGCAGACCCUCCAGGAAGCCCAGGAGAAGCAGAACCUGCAGAGAGCCGGUGGUGUCUUCAACCUCCCAGAUAAUCCGGAUGUGCUAGAGAUCCCCUUUAAGAACAAUAUUUUGCUUGAGCCCUUUCUCACCAAGGAUGGCCCAGAGCAGCGCAGCGACUGGCAGUUCUCCGAGCAGAGGAUGAAGAAGGAGAUAAGUCAGGAGAUGCAGAGAGAGCUGGUGCUGGUCAACCAGGGGAAGAUCCCAGGGGGUUACAGCAAAGGAGAAGUCCGCCAGUUAAGGGAGACAAAACUGCUGUUUGAGACUUUCCAGCAGGAUAACACGGAGGGUCUGACAAGGCAUCGGAAACCCCCUAUGAAAGGUCACGUUUAUCCCUCUGUGCUGGAGCGCACGCGUAGCCUGGAAAUGUUGUCAUUCAAAAGUUGCCCCAUUUCCAGAGCACAUUCCUUCAGGCUGUAUAAAGAGACUGAGAAACACGCAGAAAUCUUAAGACCAAUGAGUCCAACUUGUGGUUCUCGAGACAAAACGCGCUCGUCUCCCUUCGCAAAACCAGACAAACACGCACCCCUGUGCAGAAGCAUGGACUCCAUAAACACAGACGUCUCUACGUCGGCUGUGGAUACUAGGAGCGAAAUCGGGAAGGGAAACGGGGCUCAAGAAUCUCCCAUCCUCAGAGGAAACCCCUUCUUCAAGUUGCGUCCGGCCCUCGCUCUGAAGCCAGAAGUGGAGAAGGACAUCCGGGAGGCCAAGAAACAAGAGGAGGAGCUGCGCAGACAGAUAUGCACUCUGUACGGAGAGAGCAGGCGGAGUGGUGAAGACGGAGAGAGGUCACGGUUCAAACCGAUGCCAGAUGUCAGGAAACAGUCCAGGGGGAAACUGGAACGGGUUUGGCCGCCGCCCUCCAAGAAAGACCAGAUGAAAUCAGAGCAGACACAGCAGGAGCCAAAAGUUCACCAAGCAGGAGGUCAGAGGGCUCCUCUGUGGCAGCGCUGGGAGUCCGGCCUGAUCAACGGCAAGACGUCAAAAGAAAAGAACUGA